AUGCCUAGCACGCGGCCGGGCGCGCAUAUUGGUGCUGGGAAGACCCCGAGCAUAGCGCUGCUCGAGAUGUUCUGGCUUUUCGCGCAGGUGUCUGGGGAGGUGCAGAUAGGUUGGCAGGAAGGGGAGACGGAAGGAAGGGUGGAGUGGAGGGAGAUCGCGUUCGGAAUCAACGUCCUUGACGACAAGGCCGACGCCACCGCCAUCCUCUGCCUGAACACGUCCAGGGCGCCGGGACAGUCCGUGUCCACCACCGACCAGAGGGACCGCAUCACUACCCUCGAGAAGAUGAUAAACCUGUUCAAGGACUGGACGGCUCAGCACCGACAUUCCUUCCCGAACACCAUGCUUGGACAGGCCAAAAUACUCGUUCUUUUUCAGUUGAGCCCACAGUGUGCCCUGAUACUAUUCCCUUCAGUCGCUCACGUCAACAAUGAUGAAGUUCAUAUGGAUGCAUUUCUUUUGCGGGAGUGGCGAGGUGUUGGUGUGUGCAAGCACACGUGUGCUGCGGCACAGAGAGGAGCGGAUGACGUGCUCGAGCUCAAUACAGGUAGAGGGUAUUCUGCACAGACAACUUGA